AUGGCAAGUCUGGACUCUUUAUAUGAUAGGGAUUAUCCUCCAGGUCUGAGCGAGGAUCGUCUGUUUUCCCUGGUAUCACAGAUCAAGGAUUGGCAGAUCAACCACGGUUCGCUGUUGAAGCAAGUCGAUUCGGAGACAGAGAAUAGUGUUCUCUCAUAUCCCGUCGGUGUUAGCGUGAGUGUGUUUUCCUUCCCCUUGCCCCGGGCGCAAUUUGAGCAGGCAUUAGAACUGCAAGAAACUUACAACAAGCUAUAUUGUUCUAUUUCCGAGGAUGAUGAAUGGAUCUACGAAGCGAUCAAGGACAUCAUCGCGGUUGAGCCCCUCGCUGAGGCUCUGUGGGGGAUAUACGAGGCCGCGAAAGAUGCAGGAUAUGCACAGGAAAUCUCUGCCGGUGUCUUUCGGUCCGAUUAUAUGUUCCAUCUGAGGGAAGAUCAUGAUGCAGCUUCAGCUGAUCGAUGGGCAGGCUUAUCGAAAACAACAUUGAAGCAAGUCGAAUUCAACUCGUUCUCGUGCUCCGGGUUUUCGCAUGCGAACAAAGCUGCCAACAUGCACCGGCAUCUUGCAAGAAUCGGGGUCUAUGAUAUGGAUGACAAGCCCUUUCCUGUCGACUCUCUACCUGAAAAUCAUAAUAUCAAUUCGGUCGCCUCGAUUCUUGCGCUGGCACACAAAAAGUAUGGCCCGCCAAAGAGCAAACUGGCAAGCAGGACAGCGAUCCUAUUCAUUGUUCAGCCAUACAAUUUCAACAUCGCAGAUGAACGACCGAUCGAGUACGCCUUAUGGAAUCAAGAUGAUGUUGUUCCAAAUUACCGGCUUGAUUUCCCAGAUAUACUCGAAUAUACCCAGCUCACUGAAGACCGGGCAUUACUCUUCCACCCACCAUGGCUCGCAUCAAAGAAACCAGUGGAAAUAUCAGUGGUCUAUCAAAGAGCCGGUUAUGAAGCGGGUGAAUACAACAAAACCGGCUGGGAUGCCCGCUUGCAGUUAGAGAAAUCCACUGCAAUUAAAUGUCCCUCGGUGCUGGGACACUUGACAACUUUCAAGAAAGUCCAGCAGGCUUUGACGGAGCCAGGGGCAUUAGAGCGAUUUCUAUCUCCCUCCGAAGUCGCCAGAAUCCGUGAGACAUUUGUUCCGGUCCAUCGGUUGGACGAAUCCACAGAAGGUCUGGAAGCUCGGAGGAUAGCCUGCGAUCCUAAACGCUCGACCAAUUAUAUUCUCAAGCCAUCCCUCGAGGGGGGUGGCAACAAUGUAUACGGGAAUGCGAUUCCGGCAUUUUUAAACUCAACUCCGAGCUCACACUGGUCAAAGUAUAUUCUUAUGGAGAAGAUCCACCCCCCAGACGCGGACAAUCUCCUGAUAGGAUCCGCAUGUCUCGACGGUGGGCAGACAGUCUCCGAACUAGGCGUGUUGGGAUGCUGUUUGUGGCAGCGAACAACGGCCAAGAAGUCUGGCACUCGAUGUGACAUGCUCCAGAAUUCGGCUGGGGGCUGGACUUUCAAGACCAAAUUCGCCGAUAUCGACGAGAUGAGCGUAGUGAAAGGAUAUGGAUGUUUUGAUACGCCAUACCUAGUUGAUUUCUAA